UGGUAGUCAAUGGUCUCUAUUUGAUUUUUCAAAAACUAACAAAGGGAAACUGUGGAUAUAUCUGUAUAAAUCAUUCUAAUAAAUUAAACUUGAAAAACGAAUAUUUAAAUUUUAUUGUUCCUUUAUGGUAUAUUAUUUUGUCCUAUUUUUAGAAAAUGGAUAAAGAGGUUAAAUUUGAGAAACAGGAAAGUGCUUUUGAUGACAGUUGGAUUGGAGCUGCACGUAGUGAUACAGCUACUCUGCAGAUCAAGAUCGAGAUGCAGGAGGAUGAAUUUGGAGAAUGUGAAUUAGCAACUAGCAGCAUCAAAGAUGAGUCAUCCUCACACAAAGGUUCAACUUCCAAUCAGAUGGCGAGAGUUAAGCAGGAGAAUGAUAGCAGCCAAGAACCAGCGCCAGAGUGCAGCACUGCAUGCUCUCCAACUGAUGAUGAUUUCAGCCAACAACAUUAUCUAAUCCCUGGCUAUAAUCUAAUAUUCAUCAAAGAGGAAGAAUAUGGUGAGAUUCGUGUUAUUAUUUCAUUCAUUUUCAUUCAUAAAUUAUAAUAACACAUAACAGGA